UGAACAAAGAAAUUUGAAGUUUGAAGUUACCAACUGUAAUAACUCUGUUUUCUCCAUACUCUCUAACAGAGGUAGGAAGAAAGAACACGUUGUUAUAAUAAUAAUAAUAAUAAUAACAACAUCCAAGUCCCACCUACACACAAAAAAGUAGUUAAGCAAUAACAGUACAGCAAAGCAAACCCAGCAAGGGAAUUGCCAAAAACAUGUUGAUGUACUCAUCAUGGGUUGUCUUGAUCUUCACCUCGUUUUUCUCAGUUGCAGUCUCGGAUCCACGAAUCACGGAAGCGGGACUGUACUGCGGCACAACGAAGGCGCCUCUGAAGGCGAACUACAUCCCAAGCUUCAUCAACGAAAUGGAGAAGCUCUCGCAGAAGGUGGCGAGUAGCAACUGGGGCAUGCACUCCAUCAACGCAUCACCAUCACCAUCACCAUCAUCAUCAUCAUCAUCAUCAUCUUCAUCAUCUUCAUCGUCAUCGUCAUCAGUUAUUCCCAUAUUUGGGUUCGCGCAAUGCUUCGGCGACAUGUCGCACACGGACUGUCUCCUCUGCUACGCGGCCAGCCGGACGAAGCUGCCGCGGUGCCUCCCAUCGGUGGCGGCGCGCAUCUACCUGGACGGCUGCUUCCUGCGCUACGACAACUACAACUUCUACGCGGAGGCCACCGACGGCGCGAGGGACGGCGUGAACUGCAGCGGCGGGGGAGUGGAGGAGGACGGGAGGGCGGGGCUUGGGGAGAGGGUGGGGAGGGUGGUUGAGAGAGUGGUGGGCGUGGCGGUGGGGGAAGGUGGUGGUGGUGGUGGUGGUGGUGGGGGGGUUUAUGCUUUGGCUCAGUGCUGGAAGAGUGUUGGGAGGGAGGGGUGUAGGGAGUGCUUGAGGAAAGCUGGGAGGGAGGUUAGAGGGUGCUUGCCCAAGAGGGAAGGGAGGGCCUUGAAUGCUGGAUGCUAUUUGAGGUAUUCAACUCACAAGUUCUAUAAUCAACAACCUCUUCUUCAUGCAGAUCCUCAAAAUGGUCAUUUCAAAUUUUCAGGAUCUUUAAGGAGAAGAGGAGUCAUAGUAGCAGAAGUAUUGGCAGCAGCUGCAGUUAUAAUGCUCGCUCUCUCUGCCUCUUAUGCGGCCUUCACAAAAUUGUCAAAGAUAAAAAAAGAAAACAAUAACCUUGGUCAGAUUUCCUCUUCCAUAAGCAAAUCUAGCUUGAAUUACAAGUAUGAAACACUUGAGAAGGCCACGGAUUAUUUCAACUCUUCAAGAAAAAUAGGCCAAGGUGGAGCUGGUUCAGUUUACAAAGGUGUUCUCCCAAAUGGGAAAGUUGUUGCGGUUAAGAGGUUGAUCUUCAAUAACAGGCAAUGGGUGGAUGAGUUCUUCAAUGAAGUGAAUUUGAUUAGCGGAAUUGAACACAAGAACCUUGUUAAACUAUUGGGUUGUAGUAUUGAAGGCCCUGAGAGCCUCCUUGUGUAUGAGUACUUACCCAAAAAGAGUUUAGACCAAUUUAUUUUCGAAAAGAACAGAACUCAGAUUCUAAACUGGAAGCAGCGGUUUAAUAUCAUUCUUGGAACAGCAGAAGGGCUUGCAUAUCUUCAUGAAGGCACUAAAAUAAGAAUAAUCCAUAGAGACAUCAAAAGCAGCAAUAUUCUUCUGGACGAGAAUCUUAUUCCUAAGAUUGCAGAUUUCGGCCUUGCCCGGUGUUUUGGUGCUGAUAAGUCACAUUUGAGCACUGGAAUUGCAGGAACACUAGGUUACAUGGCUCCCGAGUACCUAAUUCGAGGACAACUUACAGACAAAGCUGAUGUGUAUAGUUUUGGGGUACUUGUUCUGGAGAUUGUAAGUGGCAGGAGAAAUAACGUCUUCAGAGAGGACUCUGGUUCACUUCUACAAACUGUUUGGAAACUUUACCGAUUAAACACAUUAACUGAAGCUAUCGAUCCUUGCUUGGGUGGUGAUUUUCCUGAAACUGAAGCAUCAAGGGUGUUUCAGAUUGGAUUGCUUUGCACACAAGCUUCAGCUACUCUAAGGCCAUCCAUGUCUCAAGUUGUUCACAUGCUAAGUAAUUCAAAUGUGAAUGUUCCAACACCAAAUCAACCCCCAUUUUUGAACACUGGAGUGCAAGACUCAGACAGCUCCAUUAAGUCUUAUAAUAGCACUAACAGCUUCAUAUCCAAUGCCUUGAAGAAGAUUGGAGUGUCCUACAGCUACUCAGAGUCCUCUACUUCACGCAACUCAGACGGCCCAUCAAGAAGUGAAGAAUCAAUUGUCCAAGUUUGAUUUUCAAGAGUUUUAAGUGCAGUCUCCAAUCACAAUGUCACAGUUUUGAAGGGUUUUGUGACUGCAAUAGCUGUUGUGUCACUUACAGAAAGAUCAUGAUUUUGGCCUCCAGAGGGUGACAACAACCGCAGUUAAAAGCCUUGCUGAUUUCAAACAUGUUCCUUGGUUUUGGGUGGUCAUGUUCAUAUGUUGUUUACUAGAGUUAGGACUUAGGAAGGUGAUUUAUAUUAACCAACCAAAUCUAAAAUACAAAGGAAAAGGUCGCUUGUUGAGAGGGUAGCAAGUGAGAAAGGUUUAACAACAGUUCACUAACUGUAGAGAUGAGUGACAUAACAUGAUUCACAUCCUCUUAUUUGUAAUGUUUCCAUAACUUUUAUCGAUGAUUCUGUAUUCUUGAUUCUUGUAUACAAAGAAUUU